AUGGUGAUCCUUGAUGAAAAUUUCAAGGAAGAGAUUUCCCAAUUGUGGGAUCAAUACCAAAUCAACAAUGGUUUGGACUGUGAAGAAAAUCUGGGGCUUCAAAGAAAGCCCUCUUUCUGUUUUUCAGCUUUUGGUUUUAAUAAGGUUGAUGGGUGUGUAAACAAUCUCAGAUCUUCGAUUAUUGCCUACUUGGAUGACCCCAAAAAUUCUGAAGAACUAUUGAAAGCUCUCGAAAAGGUUAAUUUCCACUUGAAAAAUAAUAAUAAUAAUAAUAAAAGUGUGAUUAGAUUAGUUCAUAAUAACUCUUUGAAUUUAUUGGCGAUGAUUGGCGCCAGUCUUCCCAAAUCUCUAUCUGAGCAAAUCUCUAUUUUCGACUCACUAGUCAGCUACUGUAUCAGUAUCAAAGAUGAUUUCAUCAACAUUGUUUGGCAAAAAUAUUCGGUGUGUCCAAGCCCAAAUAAAAAAAAUGAUUUCUCCAGAAAAGUAGAUUUGAUUGUGGUUCAUCUUGCCGAAAGAGAUAAAAUAGAAGUCUUGAAGAAUGAGUGUUACGGUCACUUCAUCAAAAAUAAGUUUUUUCAGAAUAUUUCUAAGAUUAUUAAUCUCUUUUUAAUAAAUUUGAGCAAAUAUCAUAACAAUCCAGAAAUCAGAGCACAAGAUGUGUUUGCUUUCUUACAUAGGCUCUCUCAACUUGCAUCUGAUAUCAGAUUUUUGGUUGAACCUUGGCUUACAGAAAACAAUCCACCAGAACCGGAUACUAUGAAAUUGAUAAAUAAACUUCAGAUAUUGACUUUUGAAUCCAAUUAUUCUCCACAAACGUAUUUUCCAUUAUAUAUUUUGAUAAAGCAACUUCUCUUCAGCGAGGAUCUUGAAUUAUUGCAAUACAGUCAAGAAGGAAUCAUUAAUAUUAUAGAGCUUUCAAAAGGAAGCAAAAUUAUUGCUGGUUGGCUACUUCAAAGUGAUAUUUCAAAUACGGUUUUUUUAAGAUUAUUCUCAUAUUUUAAUCAAUGUUGUUGCAAUGAUCAGUUUGACAGUCACUUUUUUAACAACAUAUUGCUGACAGGUUCUGGAAAAUUAGAACUAUCUGGAAAUUUUGCGAGAUUUAGUGAUCAUCUACGAUUUGUGAUUAAUUUGGUUGGUCUGAUAAAAGAUUUUAGAGUUCAAGAAUCAUUUGCCAAUAGUUUUCAACACCAACUUAUUGAUUUAAUCGAAGAGCAAUAUAAUUUUGAUUCGCCCUUAAGUUAUCGUGCUUUUGUUAUGCUCGGUUAUAUAUUUUUGAUAAUUAUAGCACUUGAUAUUGAGUUUUAUGAGAUCAUUGACUCGCAAAUUGAUAACAAUAACAGCUAUUUUAUCAGACUUUUCCAAAAUUUAUUGAUGGAACCAGAAAAUGGUAAACUUGAAUUUGAAAUCCAAAAUAGCUUGAGAAUAUUUACAUUCAAAUUUUUGAGAACUAUCUUGUCAAUUCCCGAUUAUUCUAUCUCUUUUGGAAAAUCAACUUUCUUUGAAUUCACAGAAAGAACAAUUGAGCUUGAUGAUACUGAUAAGACCAAUAGGAUGCUUGAUUAUGUUAGACUUAAGGCAAGUGUUUUGAGUAAGUUCUCUUCAGUCAUUAUCCAUCCAGAAACAUUAACAAAGUAUAUUCAUUUUUUGAAGCAAACAAUGGAUAUUUACAAUUCAAGAAAAUACCUCACCCCAUCGAAUUUAGGUGAUUAUUUGAAGUUAGAUACCUCAAAACCUUUUACGAAGUUCCUAAUUGACUCGCUUUCAAGAUAUUACUUCAAUGGCUUCCAGACAAAUUUACAAUUGAGUGAACUUUUAAUUAUGUUACUAACUCAAUCGGUAACUUCCGUGGACGGAUAUUUAAGUCACGUCAAAAGUAUUCAUGGAAAAGAGGACGACGUUUCUAGGAUUGUUGAGUUAUUAUACGAUAUAUGCUUAACAAUUAUUGAGGAUCCUGAAUUCAUUAACUUGGAAGAUGCUGCUUUAAUAAAUAGCUUAGAAAAGAAAGAUAAAAAAAUCCAAGUAAAUAUUGCAGAUUUGAGAAAGAAUUUUGAUUUAUUUUGCUCAAUGUAUCUUGAAUUGUUCACUGCUCUUAAAGCAAAAAAUUUCUUGAUGAAUUACUUGAUCUCAAACGAAGAUUCAACCAGGUGCAUCGAGCGUUGCUCAACCAGGCACACUAAGUAUUAA